CGUCUUCAUCGUGCCUGCGUUGGCUCUUCAUUCCAGCAAAUUUAUUGAGCAGACCAGGCGUUCAAGAUGGACCAGGUCUCGAGCAACUCAUCGUCUUCAAACGUUGAUUCUACCAUUUCCGCCCUUCGGAAAGACCUGACCUCCGAGGAUGUCGCCCUCGCCCGUCGUUUCCGUGCACUUUUCUCCCUCAAACACGUCGCAUCCCAAUCGCCGGGUCCUCAAGCCACGGCCGCAAUAGAGGCCAUCGCUGCCGCUUUUGCAUCGCCCUCAGCACUUCUUAAGCAUGAACUGGCAUACUGCCUGGGCCAGACCAGAAAUCUCUAUUCAGUACCGUUUCUAAGAGCGGUGCUCGAGAAUAGGUCAGAAGAUGCAAUGUGCAGACACGAAGCGGCCGAGGCGUUGGGCGCUCUGGGAGACUUAUCAAGCCUAGAAAUCAUGAAACAAAUGAAGGACGACGAUAAGGAACCUGUGGUGGUAAGGGAAACGUGCGAUAUUGCCAUUGAUCGCAUUCAGUGGGCACAUUCCCAGGGCAGACAAGAUGAAGCAUUGAAACCCAGCGACUUUGCAUCCAUCGAUCCAGCGCCACCCAUGCCAUUCUCAACCCAAACUCCAUCAAUACCUGAGUUACAAAAGACACUCCUGGAUACCUCUCUUCCUCUCUUUCAACGCUACAGAGCCAUGUUUGCUCUCCGAGACCUUGCUUCUCCACCAGACCUUCCCACCGCAGAAGCUGCCGUGCAGGCCCUUGCUUCUGGCUUUGUCGAUCCGUCGGCACUUUUUAGGCACGAGGUAGCAUUUGUGUUCGGUCAAUUAUCACAUCCAGCAUCGAUUCCCGCUCUGGUGUCUGUUUUGGAAAAUGGAAAGGAGGAAAGUAUGGUUCGUCACGAAGCCGCUGAAGCCUUGGGUAGUCUUGGAGAAGAGCCUGGAGUGGAGGAUAUCCUGAAAAAGUUCCUCGAGGACCCAGAACAAGUUGUUCGUGAGAGUGUCAUCGUGGCCCUUGACAUGGCCGAAUACGAGAAGAAUGGUGAGAUGGAGUAUGCCACCGUUCCAGAGGCCGUGGCUGCUUGAGUCCAAGAGAGUCCAAGAGAGGUCUUUGAUAGCGUGCAUUUAAGGCGUCGGUGGUAACACUGAGAUUGAGCGUCCUCAGUUGUUUUGGACAUCCUUGUAGCCACAUUCGCAUCUGUAAAAAACUGUAGUACCUUCGUCGGCACUUCUCAGUUGUUUGGUAUGAUAGAACAUUUCGGGCCGAUGGCAUUCAGGACACUCCCGUUGUAUGACAGCUUCAACCUGUAGAUCCUCC